UGUCCGGACUUGUAACUACAUUUCAGAGCAGCUUGGCUUUUGUUCGCGAGUUACUUUAGGCUCAGGAAAGACGGAGGCAGCUGUAUUCAUGCACUUACACUGAGGAAAAUGAUCAUCUGUGAUGUGCAAAAUAUGGAUUAUCGCUUUGGAACUCAGUGCCAGCGUGUCCGGACUCAGGUGGUGAAGGUAAGCUCUGAUAAGGACGGUUCCUCUUCAUUGUGCAUGAAGGCUCUGGCCAGCAGGGGGCGCCUGGACACAGUAUCACAGCAAAUGGCCUCCCAUCCACAGUAUUUAGAGAGCUUCCUGCGCACGCAGCACUACAUCCUUAACAUGGACGGGCCUCUGCCCCAUCACUACCGCCACUACAUAGCCAUCAUGGCUGCAGCACGGCAUCACUGCAGCUACCUUGUCUCUCUGCACUCUGUUUUGUUCCUGCGGGUGGGGGGAGACCCGGUGUGGCUGCAAGGGCUCGAGUCUGCACCACCUCGUCUCCAGCAGCUCGACCACAUAAACAAAGUGCUCGCUCACCAGCCCUGGCUCAUCGCUCGCUCUCACAUUCAGGCUUUGCUGAAGUCCGGCGAGCAGUGCUGGUCUCUGGCUGAGCUGGUCCAGGCUGUAGUUCUGCUGGCUCAUUGCCACGCGCUCUGCAGCUUCGUGUUCGGCUCCGAGCAGGACACGCAAACGGGCCCCAGAGCACCGCACGGAACGCCCCCAGGCUACUGCCUCUGCGAUGCUGCCAAUGGCAACGCCACCUUCCCACCUCGCAGGAGGUCUCUCGACUCGAGUUGUGACCUGGCGUGCCUAAGGGACGGAAUCCACAAGUCACAAGAGGAGAAGGAGCGAAAAGGACACCCGGUCCUUCAGUCGUAUGCCCUCCUGCACAUAGACAUGGAUGAGGAUGAGGAAGAAGAGAUGAUGUGUUCGACAGAUCCCUCCCGCUUUGUCAAGGACCCUGAUUUCGGCUACCAGGAAUUCGCCCGGCAGGAGGAAGACCACUUCCAAGUACUGCGGGUGCAGGACUACUCGUGGGAAGACCACGGUUUCUCCUUGGUAAACCGUCUCUACUCGGACAUUGGGCACUUAUUAGAUGAGCGGUUCCGCAGCGUGGCCUCAUUACCGUCCCCGCGCAACCCGGACCUUAAGAGAGCCAUCUGGAACUACAUCCAUUGCAGCUAUGGAAUUAGGUACGAUGAUUAUGAUUAUGGGGAAGUGAACCAGCUGCUGGAACGUGGACUGAAGCUUUAUAUUAAGGCUGUGGCCUGCUAUCCUGACUCCACUAAGAAUCUUUUGUGCCCUCUGCCUAUGGUUUCUCUCAAGCCCUCAGAAAAGGUACACAUGAAUCUGCUGGUGAUGGAGGCACGGCUGCAGGCUGAGCUGCUCUACGCACUCCGAGCAAUCACACAGUACAUGAUCGCCUAAGACACCUAGGCACAUGCGGAGGGAGAGGAGGGGGGAGGGGGGUGGGUGACGGGGUGGGGGAGUUGCACAGUCACUUAUGGUACAAAAAAAAAAAAACCUGACGAGGGACAACGGGGAAAGGAAAUGGGUGAUAAAGAAAGGUGGAGAGGACUUGUGAAGAGCAAUAUUUCUUCUCCAUAUCUUGUUUUUUUUCCUUAAACAAAAGGUACUGCUGUGAAGUGUCUUCGAGGUGAUCCUUGAAGACAGAAACAAUCUUUCUUUCUUUGUCUCACUUUUUUUUUGCAUGUUGUUCCCUUCAUUACUUUCUAUGUACAUGUGUGUGUGUUUUCUACUCUUCAGUUUGAAUAUCUUUUUUUUCUAGAUUGUUUAUGUGCAAUUACCUUAUUCUGUUAUUUGUGUUGAGAUUGUUUUUAAUUGUUUUGUUGCUUUGCCUGUUGCUCCUCUGUUGACCGAGGAAAGGAGAAAGAACCUGUCAGUUUCAAUUCUAGAGUAUUGAACGGUGCAACAAGAAAAAAAAAAAGAAAAAAAAGGCAGAUGACUCAACUUCUCCUAAAAUCAAAGGCAGUGUUUACUGAAGCUGAGACGAACAGACGAAUGUUGAAGUUCAACAUUUUUUCUUUUUUGAAUCUUUCAUUUAAGUUUAAGCUUAGAACAAAACACCAGAUGAUAUAGGAAAAAAAAAGGUUUCAUGGCUAUAACUUUGUUUUAAUGGCACUUUUAAGAUUUGAGUAAAUGUACUUGGGCACAAACAUUUACAACAUUUGACUGAUUAAUGAAAAUAGGUCGUGCUUCAGUUGACUCGGGUUAAAAUGCCAGUUGUGCUGCUGGUUUCUCCGGUGUCGGUUUGAAGGGUGCAGAUAACAGACACACGUUUGUGGUUUAGAAGAAUCUAGCAGCACUUUUAAACCAAUUGCCGUAAUUGUUUUAGGAAUUUUACUGCAUAACUGAGCUCAUGUUGUAGCCUACACUCCACCCAAAAUUAAAUUUUUAAUGUUGGUUCUCUAGUCAAAUGAAGGACAACUUUCUUUCUUUUUUUUUCCCCUCCUCUCUCGUUGAUUUAUUAGCAUAAAAUAUUUCGGUGA